AUGGCCACUCAGAGCGUCGCAGCAGCCAGCCACGAGGAGCUCCACCGCAGCAGCCUCUUCAACCUCAAGGGCCGUAUCGCUCUCGUCACUGGUGGCGGCUCCGGCAUUGGGCUCAUGAUCACGCAAUCUCUCGCAGUCAACGGUGCAAAGGUGUACAUUACGGGCCGCUCCGGCGACAAACUGGACCGAGUGGUCGAGGUUUACGGGAAGGACAUCGAGGGCGAGAUCAUUGCCCUCAAGGGGUUCGACGUCACAGACAAAGACCACAUCUCGAAGCUUGUCAAGGAGAUCGAGUCCCGCGAGAAAUGCUUGUGCAUCCUGGUCAACAACGCCGGCAUCAGCAGCAAUACUCUGACCACCGAGAGCGAGUCGGCCCAGGAGAUGAAGCAGAAUCUCUUCGACGUCGAGAAGAGCUUUUUCGAGGACUGGACUAGCGUGUACAGCACCAAUGUCGCAGCCGUUUUCUUCACGUCCGCCGCAUUCCUACCACUGCUUCAAAAGUCAUCUGAGCUCCACGAGGGCUGGUCUGGCACAAUCCUGAACAUCACCUCCAUCAGUGGCAUGGUGCAGGUGGCCCAGCAUCACUUCGCCUAUAACGCGUCCAAAGGCGCGGCCAUCCAUCUCACCCGCAUGCUGGCCUCGGAAAUCGCUUCUAAUGGCCACAAGAUCCGGGUCAACAGCCUCGCUCCAGGCGUGUUUCCCUCGGAGAUGACCGCCGACGAGUCGGACGAGUACCAGAAGAGCCAUAUUCCCAAGGAAAAAUACCAGGAAAAGGUGCCGGCUGGUCGGCCCGGACGAGACGUCGACAUGGCCCAGGGGGUUCUCUUUGCCGUGACCAAUCAGUAUUUGAAUGGUCAGAAUUUCGCCAUUGAUGGUGGCUACACGCUCGCUGCGGGCAUGUAA